UUGGUUGCCCUCUAUGGACAAGAUGUAGCCACCCACAGCUCUUCCUCAAUACUUCUCUUUUGCUCCUGGAUUUCGCUGUAGUCACGUGCUUGAUCUUUUUUUCCUUCCCAAAGUCACAAACGAGCAAAAGAGCACAGAAGCAGCGUCUGACACAACUCAUGGCACCUUCCUUUCGUCUGCCUGACCUAGGCCCGACUGAUCAAUGGGGUCCUGACCUCAGUCAACCUUUCCUCAACAAGCAAAAUGACAAGAUUGAAUUCUUUGCUCCAUUCACAAAGACCGACCGUCUAGGCAAGAUUGCCGACUGGGCGGCUGAUCCAGCCCAGGUACAACGUAAUGAGAAUGCUCAACGUAUGCGGACUGGUGCGUUCGGUCCUGGUGGUCGUCGUGGUGAUGUCAAUGCUGGUGGGUAUGGCAGUGGUGCUGGUGCUGCCAAUUCCUUAUUUGCUUAUGCCCAUGCAGAAGAUGAGGCGAGUUUUAGUCUUGUUGAUAAUCGACCCACCAAGACGACAUUGGGUCGUGGAGGUCGAGGCGGCGCUGGUAUGAUGCGUGGUGGCAAUCGGGGUGGUUUCCAGUCUGGUGGUCGUGGUGGUUUCAAUAGCCGUGGUGGCGGUCCAGGUGGUGCUGGUGGUCGUGGUGAUCAUGGCGGUCGUGGUGGACAAGGCGGACGCUACGGAAAUCAGGGCUAUGGUCGUGGUGGUCGUCGAUUCGGUUGGAAGGACGACAAGCCGCAACGUAUGCGUGAUGCUUCCAUCACCGUCAAGGCCGACUGGCAGCUUCUCGAAGAAAUUGAGUUCAACCGACUUGCGAAGCUCAAUCUCGACGUUGGAGAAGGCGAUGACUUGGAGACUUAUGGUUUCUUGCAGUACUACGAUCGCGCCUUUGACAAGACCAGUGUCAAGCUUGAGCGUACCUUGGCUGUGGUGGACAAAGUGCAGUACAACCCAACCGCCUCUGAAGAUCCCAUCAUUCAACGGCUCGCAAGCGAGAAGGCCGCACAAAUCUUCGUCACAGACAAUGUGCUUUCUAUGCUGCUCUGUGCGUCGCGUACAGUUUACCCAUGGGAUAUGAUUGUCACACGCAAGGGCGACCAGCUCUUCUUUGACAAACGCGAGGGUGGUCCCUUUGAUUUCCUUACCGUCAAUGAGAAUGCACUUGAGCCUCCAAUGGAUCCUGAAGGCAAUGUCGGCGGUGGCAUCAACACGCCUGCAUCGCUCUCCAUGGAAGCGACCCACAUCAACUCCAACUUUGCCCUGCAAGUGGUUGAUUCUGGUGAGAGCGGUUCUCUGCAGAUGGAGCACCCAAACCCCUUCUACAACGAAAAGCAAGAGACGGAACCUGUUGCACCGAAAGCGUACAAGUACCGCUUAUUUGAUGUGUCAACGUCUGCUGAAGAGCCUGUGACGCUUGUUGUGCGAUCGGAGGUGGAUGGAGUCAUGAAGCAGCCGUCUGGCGAGGAUGCACUUAUCAGCAUCAAGACGCUCAAUGAAUUUGACAGCAAGGCAUUCGGUGCUGGUGGUGCUGUUGACUGGCGCUCAAAACUCGACACGCAGCGUGGUGCGAUUGUUGCAACGGAAAUGAAGAACAAUUCAAGCAAGCUUGCUCGAUGGACGGCACAGGCCAUUCUCGCUGGUGUCGAUGUCAUGAAGAUUGGAUUUGUUUCGCGUGUCUCUCCUCGUGAUGCACAGCGUCAUACGAUCUUGGCCACAGCGACAUACAAGCCUCGCGAGUUUGCGUCGCAGAUGAAUCUCAACCUCUCCAAUGGCUGGGGUAUCGUCCGUACGAUUGUGGAUGUAUGCAUGAAGCAGGAGGAUGGCAAGUACAUCCUUGUCAAGGACCCAAACAAGAGUGUCAUGCGCAUCUAUGGCCUCGGUCAAGAGUCGGCAGAGGCUCUAUAGCAUAGAACAAGCUAGCACUCUCUUUCUUCAGGUAGACAAUUUGAAGCAUUUUUGACUUAAAUCCGUGCGAUGAACCUGAAAG